AUGGCUUCCACCACCAAAGAAGUGGCUACCGAGCUCCUCCCUCUCCUCCGAGUCUACACCGAUGGCACUGUUGAGCGGCUCGUGGGCUCCCCAUUCGUGGCAGCAGGAGUUGACCCAGCUACCGGGUCUCCUCCAAAGACGUCUGCAUCUCACCGGAUGUGUCAGCCCGACUAUACCUUCCCAAACUCUCUGACGACUACCAUGAAAAGCUUCCGGUUCUUGUUUACUUCCACGGGGGUGGUUUCUGCGUCGAGUCUGCCUUCUCCUUCCUUCACCACCGCUACAUCAACAUAUUAA